GAUGGCGAUCGACUAACCAUCGACCCCCUUUCUGACCUUUUCUUCUGUUAACGAGAAAUUGUGGGGGAGUUAAUGGAGGAGGCAUUGGAGUAGUUGAGCUCGAUCGAUGAGGAAGAAGACUAGAAGAGGAGGAGGGACGGCGGUGGUGAGUGACAAGCGCCAACCGCGAUUAAUGGCGACGAGGACGUGCGCCGUAAUGGCGGCAGUGACCGAUCGGAGAGGCUCCAGGUUCUUGGCGGUUGAGGCUGGAGGCGUCGAGGCCAGCCGCGUCAUCCACCCCCUUUAAAUGCUUCCCGCCCCUUCGUUCUGCUCAAUCACUCGCAUCCAUCCAUCCAUCGAUCGAUCGAUCGGCGAUGGUCGCCGCCGAGGAGAACCCGGAGUCCUUCUUCGCGGCGGCGCCGCCGCUGCGGGACGCCGACGCCGUGGCCGCGAGGCUGGGGGAAUUCAUCGCCCGCAACUCCUCCGCAGCGGGCGCGGGCGGCGGCGGCAGGCGGAUCGUGUGCGUGACGUCGGGCGGGACGACGGUGCCGCUGGAGCAGCGCUGCGUGCGGUACAUCGACAACUUCAGCUCCGGCCACCGCGGCGCCGCCUCCACCGAGUAUUUUUUGAAGGCUGGCUAUGCAGUUAUCUUCCUCCAUCGACGAGGAAGCUGCCAGCCUUAUUGUAGGUUCCUCCCCGAUGAUUCAUUCCUCAAAUUCUUUGAUGUCGAUGCAGAAUCGAAGGUUCAAGUGGCGGAGUGCCACGCGCCAGUGGUCAAGAAAGCAAUUGGAGAUUAUUGCAAGGCAAUUGAAGGCGGCUAUCUGUUGAAACUCCCAUUCACUACAAUAUUUGAAUACCUUCAGCUAUUGAAGAUGGUUGCUACAUCUAUAAGUUCGGCUGGGCCACUCGGAAUGUUCUAUCUUGCUGCGGCUGUGUCUGAUUUCUAUGUCCCUUGGGAUAGCAUGGCCAAACAUAAGAUUCAGUCAGGUGGAGGCCCUCUGGAUAUGAGGCUCAGUCAAGUUCCGAAAAUGCUUUCAGUGUUGCGAAACCAAUGGGCCCCCUUGGCGUUCUGUAUAUCAUUUAAGUUGGAGACGGAUUCGGACAUCCUUAUUCAGAAAGCAGAUAUGGCUCUGAACAAGUACAAGAUGAACAUCGUUGUGGCCAAUUUGCUUGCAACGUACAAAGAGGAAGUCAUUAUUGUAACAGACAAAGAAAGGAGUACUAUCCGAAAGAUGAACAAGGAUGAGGAUCUGGAAAUGCAGAUAAUCAAAAUCCUAUCACAGAAUCACUCGAAGUACAUAUGCGGAAGCACAAACGGGUGCGUCCAGAGCCCAUAUUGAAUUGCGGGAAUCUGUACUGUACCGUUUCACAUUAGAGGUUUUACUUAAAUUACUCUACUAAAGAGUUUGAUUUGCUUUCUGGGCGUUGAAAUGAAAAGAAAGCCCAACUGAAUCUGGAAUGAGAAUUCAGUAUACGGUGUAAUCCGUGAUGAUGCCGAUAGGUACACAAACAGCAUCACUUUUUUUUCUCUCUUUCAGAAUUACAAAAAAGAGAGUGAAGUUAACAGCGACAGCCCCAAAUAUAAAUGGCUUAUUUUAUUUUAAUCAAAAUUAAUAUUCCAUGUUAA